GCCACCUGGCGACGUGCGGUUUUGCGCGCUCUCUAUAGCGCAGUGUCGGUGGAGCGCGCGGUCAGAUUCCAGCGUUAGUUUCACGUGGAGCACGAGCGAGAGAACACGACUUUCCUCCUCUGUAUUGCUUCCGUUUAUCUGCUUUGCUGUUGAAGCCACCGGAUUAGGACGAUGUGAACCGACUCCACACUGUACGGAAGUUGUUCCGCUCUCAUGGAGAUAGUAGAGGUCCUGUGUGUGAUGUGUACUGUACACUGGCGUAGUGGACGCUGCUGAGGCGGGACACUGUACAGUAGAUGCCAUCCUCUACUUCAGUCCUGCUGCUGCGCUUUUGUCAAGUCCCCUGCUGAGUUACCUGACAUGGAACUUCAUGUUCCCUCAUUUCCGGCCUCCUGACUCGACCUUUCUUUCUCCCUCUUUGUCCUCAGAAUAUGCCCAGGCAUCACCAUGAAUCUGACACUGAGCUCCAAGCCUGGAUUCUUCCUCACCAACAGCUCACCUGGAAUGAGAGAUUUUCCCUACAUCGCUGUUAUUCCUCAAGAAUUCUGGCCAGAGGGUGACGGUCAUCAAACCAAUGUCUCCCUCCUCACACGGGGCACCAACUUGACCAGCUCCCCAAAUGCCACUAUGACACCCACUGUGGUGUAUGAUCCCCUAGGUGGGCACUCUGUCUGGCAAGUCAUUAUUAUCGUACUACUAACAGGGUCAUUGUCCCUUGUCACAAUCACUGGAAAUGUCUUGGUGGUUGUGUCAUUUAAAGUUAACAAACAGCUGAAGACAGUGAAUAACUAUUAUCUGCUCAGCCUGGCGUUUGCUGACCUCAUUAUUGGCAUAUUGUCAAUGAAUCUUUACACUACAUAUAUUAUCAUGGGCAGGUGGGCACUUGGAAACUGGGCAUGUGACCUAUGGCUGGCUAUUGAUUAUGUGGCAAGCAAUGCCUCUGUUAUGAACUUGCUGGUAAUCAGCUUUGACAGAUAUUUCUCGGUCACAAGGCCACUUACCUACAGGGCCAAACGGACCACUAAAAGAGCAAUGACCAUGAUCGGCCUUGCAUGGUUUAUUUCCUUUGUGCUCUGGGCCCCUGCUAUCUUGUUCUGGCAGUACUUUGUGGGGAAACGAACAGUACUUCCAGGAGAGUGCUAUAUCCAGUUUCUCUCUGAGCCUAUUAUCACAUUCUGCACUGCAAUCGCAGCCUUCUACCUGCCUGUGACCAUCAUGACCGUCCUAUACUGGCGGAUUUAUAAAGAGACCGAAAACCGAUCCAAGGACCUGGCAGGGCUUAAGGCCUCAGGGAACCAGGUCAAGCAAGGCAGCGAGGAGGAAUCUACUGCAAUGAUGCCCUCAAGAGACAGCUCUUACAGUUGUGUCAACUACCCCCUCAACCAGCCCGUUCAAAAGGACUCUGAGAAAAAGACACGAAAUAGUUGCCACUUCUGGCUGCUGGGUAAUAGUGGUCAAAAAAAAAUUUGCAGCACUGGUGACCAAGAACACAGCAGCAGUGAUAGUUGGAAUAAUAAUGAUGGUGGAGCAUCAAUUGACCAAUCAGAUGAAGAGGACCAGGAUGAAGAGCGUGCCAAUGCAAGGGCUGUUUACUCCAUCGUGGUGGACAUGCCUGAAGUGACAACAGAUGACAACUCUGGGAUAUCAAAGCAAGGAGAGUUAAAGAUUGAAAACGUUGCUGCAGAAAAACCUUCUAGAAAAGGAUUUUCCAAAACCCCCACCCAGUCCUUGCCCACUAUGGAUAACUCUAAGCCUUGUAGGAGCUCUUCUGGCUCCAAAUCCCCUUCAGUACCUCUCUCUGUUAAAGAUGAGACUUUGGCAAAAGAUUUGGUCUCAAAAGCCAAGACGCAGACAAACAAACGCAAAAAGGUUUCACUCGUCAAAGAGAAAAAAGCAGCACAGACAUUAAGUGCCAUCCUCCUUGCCUUCAUCAUCACCUGGACUCCAUAUAACAUCAUGGUCCUAGUAAAUACAUUUUGUGAUGACUGUAUCCCUGUGGGACUAUGGGCCCUGGGAUACUGGCUGUGCUAUGUGAAUAGUACAGUGAACCCUAUGUGCUAUGCACUGUGUAACAAAAACUUCCGCAUCACUUUCAAAAUGAUCUUGCUGUGCCAGUGGGACAGACAGAAACAGAAUAAGCCUCACCUUCAGCAGAAGCCAGCAGUAGUGGCCUACAGUAAGAAGUAACUAUCGUAGAGAUAAAGAUUUCAGAGCGUAGACUGUUAUAGACUCCUGGAUUGGUUUUUCAUUGUUGCCAGUGUUUAGAUUUGCAACACUAAAGCUUACAGACCACCUGCAAGGGUACACAAUUAAAAAAAUAGGUUCUCAAUUUUACUUUGGAUAGGUACAGUAGGGUUCUGUACUUCUUAAAGAGGUUGUACAUGAAACCCAACAUUUGAAAGCACCCCAACCCCAACCCCAUUGUGUGGUUCAACAUUCAACCUUUAAGGGUUCUUUCCCCCAGAGGGACAAGUCAGUGAAUCUUUAAGGGUUCUACAGUAGAUUUCAACCUCCCUCAUCCCAUUGUGUGCAAUGCCAUUGGUGUUUGUUAAAAGGGCUGUUGAGUUUGUAAUCGUAGAAGUAUGCUGUUCGAAAAUAGGUUUCUUCAAGUGUCCCUUACAGUUCAAGUAGUUAUAGUGCUAGAAUUAUCAAGCAGUUCUGCAGGACCAGGGGCUGAAUAGGGUUGGUGCUUAAGGGUGCACCUUAGAGAGACAAACCAGAUAAACUGUUUGGGGAUAUUAGAUCAAACCUUUUUCCUUUUCUUAGAACGAAUGUGAUUGAUUAGUGCCUCUAUUCUAACUAUGUGUUGAAGGUCUUGUGUUGAACUUCCCUUUGUGUCAGGUUAUUUUCUUCUUAUAAGAGGGAAAUCCUUUCUCAUCGUAUGCUAAAGUUUUGUUUCCGAUAGAUUUGACCAUUGUCUGUAUCAUCACUGAUGCAUACUCUUAGAAAAAAAGGUUCUGUGUAUACUUUGUAUACUAAAAAGGGUUCUUAGCUGUAGAAAGAAGUAACUUUAAGAACCCUUGUUUUGAGUUAUAUGGAGGAGGCUGGUGUUUUGUGAGGAACCUUGAAUGGUUCCUCAGUUGGUCAAACCAAGUAAGGUUUAAGGUUUAACCUUUAUUUCUAAGCGUGUCCAUGGUAGUUAGAGUGUAUUAUUCUCUGUUGUGUUCUAUCGAAGAUACAGUGUUUCUCACACAGAAAUUGUUGUAUGAAGCUGCUUAUAUAUGAAUUGUAUGAGGUGGUAUUUAUCAGAUUUUAGACAAAUAAGUGCUUCUGUCGUUGAUGUCCUCAUUAUGCAGCCUGCUGUUCUUCUGUACAAAUCAUUUUUCUAUUUUUCAAACAUUUAUUAGAUAAUCAGAUAAGGACUCUUAUGGUAUGUUUUGGGGAGCAUGUUUUGCAAUAAAGACAAAAUUACAGUAAGUGUUUUCUUGAUAGAACAAUGAAGCUACUUUUAAAUUUUAUAUUAUAAAUUAUAUUAUAUUAGAAAGUUUUAUUUGUUUUUUUUUUUUUGUUUUUUUUUUUUGUUUUUGUUUUUUUUAAGAAAGAUAUACAGUGUUCAGGGGCUGUAUUCCCAAAGAAUCUUAAGACAGAAAGUAGCUCCGAAAUGGGUGAUUUAAGACAAAAAUGAUACAUGAUGAAUCCUGAUAAAUUUUUAACCUUCUUGUGUUUUCUGUCAGAGAAUUCACAACUUAAUUUAACUCUGAAAACAGGACAUAGGAGUAGUACAGAGGUCACAUAUGACUGAAUCACGGACCACUCUAACAUCACUGAUGGUGAAUAACUUUCACAUUGUUCAUGUGUUUCAUAUAUUACAUGACAAAAAGGUUUUAAAAAUGUAUCAUGUGAAUUGUGGGAGUAUUUCAGUGAGUGAAGUUUUGACAACCAAACACAUACUGACCUGCCAGAGAUCAACGUUUCUAUACUUCGUGAACUGAAAAUUGAAGUUAUACGGCGAAGACGAUCUCUCUAGACUGCUAUUUUCUGCUCGGUUGUUGCUACUGAUGAUAUUGUUUUUCAUAACUGAAUAUCAACAGUGAUGUUCGGUGAUUGGCCGAUGUAAAGGUCUUAAUAAACAUUAAACGGAAACCAAUUGCGCAUGUUAUAUUGCAGAUAUAUUACUAAAAACUGUUUAGAAAAUCAAAAUUCUUAUAUGUGGUUUGGAUGUUUACAGACUCCAGAGCCUGCAUGCACUAAUACUGGAUGGAUGGAUUGUAAUACAUUUGGAGUACAUUUUGGAUUGUAAUACAUUUGGAGUACCUUGGUGAUCGAAUUAAUUGUCUAUACAAUGUGCUAGACAAUUUAUUUGACCAUGUAUGUGCCUUUAUCUAUUAUUAUUAUCAUCCAUCUAUCCAUCCAUCUAUCAAUUUCUGUACCAAUUAUUUUGGGUAGACUGGAUCCUAUCCAAGGGGUACAAGAAGGCCAGCCCAUUGCAUGGCACAAUCACACACACACACACACACACACACACACACACACACACACACACACACACACACACACACACACACACACACACACACACACACACACACA